UUUAAGUGGAAUUACCAAUUUCAACAUUAAAAGUUCAAAGCGGUCAACAAAACAACUAAAAAUAUUUUUGAAUCCCACUUUUCAUUGAGCAAAUUCACAUAAAAGGUGACUUUGUUUUUUUUUUUAACUACAAAUAGUUUUCUAUUCCUCCCAAGGACUUACGGUAAAUUAUAAAGUAAAAAUAAUUUCACAAUGCGUAUAUUUUUGAUAAUUGUUUUUGUCCAACUGGCAUCAGUUAUGAGCAUACCACCGAGAAGGCAUCGACAUCAUGAUCCGGAAUUCGCUCACUGCCCAAAGUACCCGAGUUGUUUUGAGGUAAUGCUAUCAAUUUUGAGUAACACGCCGAUAGACACAUCAUCAUUAAUAGUCAAUAAUGACUAUAAAGCUACUGCUUUGUGUCUUUUAAAUCAUCAUGGUGUCUUCGACAUUGAUAAAUCGAUGAACUUUGAUAUAAUGUGUAAGAUAUCGAAGGAGAAUACAAUAAAGAACAUUGGAAUUCCGACUAUUGAGCAAAUGCAUGCUUCCCGUCAUUGUUUUCUACUAAAGGGUGCUUCUGCAGCUGAAACUUUCGAUAUGGUCAGCAGAUGUGUCCAAAAAGAUGUCGAAUAUAAAUGAUCAUAAAUAUUUUGUAUGACUACAAUCUGUGUUAAAUAAACACUUCCAAUGAAUUUAAUUUUUGAAUCAUAAUUAAACCUGACUACUGAAUUAAAAGAGAUUUUUGAUAAAUUUCUUGUUUUUAAGCUUUGAAAA